AUGACAAACGUAGUUUACUCAACUCCCGAAUGGUAUUUGAAAGCUCAGGAAAAAGAUGUGAGCAGUGACAUAGGCCGAUUGACCAUACAUCACCUCGGCUUUAAACAGGCGGCCGAUGGUACCCUGGUCUUUGCACCACUCGACUUUACCAGCGCUCCCCGGGCAAUUCUUGAUGUCGGAACUGCAGAUGGUCUAUGGAUGCGCGAUGUGCAAGCCUCCAUUCCCGAAACAACUCGGGAUGAGCACACGUUUCUCGGUACUGAUAUCAAUGUUUCCUUCUUCCCCAAUACCGUCACAAAAGGCAUUGCGUAUGCGAAACAAGACAUCAAGGAUCCUCCACCCCAGACCUGGCAUGACUCGUUUGACCUCAUCAACUUACGCAUGAUACUCAUAGCCGCUGGUUCUGGUGAUGCACAGCGAUCUGUAGUCAACCAGCACGUUGAACUUCUGAAGCCUGGUGGCUGGAUUCAAAUCGGCGACUGCGAUCGAGUCUGCCCUACCUCAAGCGAAGAAAACCCGUGCUACAACGACAUGUUUGCCUGCAUUCGUGCUGUCUGUCAGGCUUCUGGAUUGGAUCCUCUCGAGGCACCAAAAAUGAAAUCAUGGCUUGUAGACGCCGGGCUGGAAGAUGUCCAGGAGAGAACGGCGUUGCGUGCUGUUGGUAAGCGUAACACAGAUGAGGAGAUUGGGAGGCUAGGAAUAAAGGCAGAUUUAAUCAUUGCGAAGGGAUUUGCAGCUGGUGUCAAAGCCUUGGACCCGUCUCUCAAACCAUUGACUGACGAGCGACUUGAUACGUUGGUGCGAGAUCUAGAGGUUGAGUUGGCCAAUACUGGAGCAUAUUUCCCGAUGCGGUUUAUUUGGGGUAGGAAACCACUAUAG